AGCCAUGCUAUUUAUAGACUUAUCAUCUGAAGAAUAGCGGAAGCGCAAAACCAGAAAGAGAGAAUAACAUGCACUUCUUCACUUUGGUGUUAGGUCUCUUGUUGGUCCUGUGGAGUCUGCGGGCAUGGAUGUACGCCCUUAUCUUUGGCAAGAGCCAUAAAAAUCUGCCACCAGGCCCUGUCCCUCUUCCCAUCGUUGGGAACAUCUUCGAACUCGGUAACAAGCCCAACGAGUCGCUCGCUCUACUUGCUAAGACCUAUGGCCCACUCAUGACUCUCAAGCUAGGUCGUGUCACGACCAUCGUUGCUUCCUCUGCCACAAUGGCCAAAGAGGUCCUCCAAACCCACGAUCAGGCUCUCGCCGGUCGAACCGUCGUGGAUGCAGUUCGUGCGCUGAACUACAACCAGGGAUCCAUAGCCUGGCUUCCUCCCUCCUCCCAGUGGCGAAACCUACGUAAGCUCUGCAACAAUCAGAUUUUCACCGCCCAUAGGCUCGACGCCAGCCAGUCCCUGCGGCGCCAGAAGAUGCGGGAGCUCCUCGCUCAUGUUCGGGAAAGUGCCCAAGUUGGUCGAGCCAUUGACAUUGGUCAGGCCGCAUUCACCACGUCCCUUAACCUGCUAUCGAAAACCACUUUCUCCAUCGACUUGGCCGGUCCAGAAUCAGAGUCCGCACAGGACUUUAAAGAGUUGAUCCGGAGAAUUAUGGAAGAGGCAGGAAGGCCAAAUCUCUCGGAUUACUUCCCUGUAUUAAGACCGUUAGACCUGCAAGGUGUGAAGCGCCGUAUGACGAUUCAUAUGAGAAAACUACACAAACUGUUCGACGAAAUGAUCGACCAACGAUUGAACUCCAGAGCAUCACUUACUUCUCUUUCCGCAAGGAACAAUGAUCUACUAGAUCUCUUGCUCGAUCAUGUCCAAGACAGUUCAGAAUUCGGCCGCUCUGAUAUCAAAUCGUUGUUUGUUGACAUAUUUGCAGCAGGGACGGACACAACGUCAACAACAUUAGAGUGGGCGAUGGCGGAGCUACUUCAUAAACCCGAAUCAAUGGCAAAGGUUCAAUCAGAGCUCCAAGAAAACGUUGGUGAGGGAAAGCCAGUAGAGGAGACUGAUGUAGGUCGGCUUCCUUACUUAAAAGCGGUGGUGAAGGAGACCUUCCGGAUGCAUCCACCAGUUCCGCUCUUGGUACCUCACAAAGCCGAAACUGGAGUGGAGAUAUCUGGGUUCACUGUGCCCAAGGAUGCCCAAGUGCUGGUGAACGCGUGGGCUAUUGUUCGAGAUCCCAGCAUAUGGACGAACCCGAAUACGUUCGUUCCUGAGAGGUUCUUGGGGUCGUCGGGGAUUGAUGUUAGAGGCCAAGACUUUGAGCUCAUACCGUUCGGGGCUGGAAGAAGGAUCUGUCCUGGGAUGCCACUCGCGUUGCGAAUGGUGCACCUGAUGUUGGCUUCUCUUCUGCAAUCGUUUGAUUGGAAGAUUGAAGGUGGGAUGAGCCCUAAGGACAUGGACAUGACGGAUAAGUUUGGGAUCACCUUGCAGAAAGCUCUGCCCCUUAGAGCGAUACCAAUUGAUCGAAGCGACACUUCGGUUCGGUGACAAGAUGGUUUUCACGUGUUGCAUGUUGUGUUAUGUUAAGAUAAUCAGUAUCCCGGGGAUCGAAUCCUGUCGUAAGUAUUGUGUGAGUAUGUAUGUGUUUUUCUUAUAUAUUUUGUAGUCUUUAAGAAUUAGUCGAGGUGUGCAUAAGUUGGCCCAAACAUCUUUGGUAAUCGGUAUCCACCGCCUCUGAUAUUGGUAUUAUAUAGAAACUGAUAUCGAUCUUAUUAAAACUCAA